CAAAUAAUGAUAAGUUCCAAGACCCAAACUUUAAAAACGCUACACUUACUUAUAUUUUUACAGAACCUGAAUCUUUUAAUAUUGAUCAAGGAUUAGCAAACAGUUAUCUUUCAAUAAAUGUUACAGAACCGGAUCCAAAUAGUUGGGCGACGAUGCAAGCAUAUGAUACAGAGGAUGUUGGGAUAACUCCAGACUCUCCAUAUUAUGCAAUAGUUAAUGUUUCUAUGGAAGGUUUCAUCUUGAUAGAAGAAUCAUUGGAUUAG